AGUCUGUCAGUCACUGCUAGGAUGCUUUAGCGCUAGUAUUAACCAACAAGUUUAACAACCUCCAUUCACCGGAGAAGCAUUUUGCUGUCUGCAAGCCCCAUCAGCACAAUUUCCACCAGCGCAUAAACCGUUCUGUGCACUUUGGAGAUGCCGAAUAUUGUGCUUUUCAGCGGGAGCUCCCACCAUGAUCUGUCACAGCGAGUGGCAGACCGCCUUGGCUUGGAACUAGGCAAAGUAACCACAAAGAAAUUCAGCAACCAAGAAACAUGCGUGGAGAUCGGGGAGAGCGUGCGCGGGGAGGACGUGUACAUCGUGCAGAGCGGCUGCGGCGAGAUCAACGACAACCUGAUGGAGCUGCUGAUCAUGAUCAACGCGUGCAAGAUCGCCUCCUCGUCACGCGUCACCGCCGUCAUCCCCUGCUUCCCCUACGCCCGGCAGGACAAGAAGGACAAGAGCCGGGCUCCUAUCUCCGCUAAGCUGGUGGCCAACAUGCUGUCGGUGGCUGGAGCGGAUCACAUCAUCACCAUGGAUCUUCACGCCUCACAGAUACAGGGUUUCUUUGAUAUUGCGGUGGACAACCUCUAUGCUGAACCUGCCGUGCUCCAGUGGAUCCGUGAGAAUAUUCUAGAAUGGAAGAACUGUAUCAUCGUCUCACCUGACGCAGGGGGAGCAAAGAGGGUGACCUCCAUUGCCGACCGGUUGAAUGUUGAGUUUGCACUCAUCCACAAGGAGCGCAAGAAGGCAAACGAGGUGGACCGCAUGGUGCUGGUCGGAGAUGUGAAGGACCGCGUGGCCAUCUUGGUGGACGACAUGGCAGACACGUGCGGAACAAUCUGCCACGCAGCCGACAAGUUGAUCUCUGCUGGAGCAAUAAAGGUGUACGCCAUCCUCACGCACGGAAUCUUCUCCGGUCCCGCAAUCUCGCGCAUCAACAACGCUCCCUUUGAAGCUGUAGUGGUCACCAACACCAUCCCCCAGGAGGAGAAGAUGAAGCAAUGUCCCAAAAUACAGGUCAUCGACAUCUCCAUGAUCCUGGCCGAGGCCAUCCGGCGGACUCACAACGGGGAGUCGGUGUCCUAUCUCUUCAGUCAUGUGCCCCUGUGAAGUGCUCGCUCGCGGGCAAGGCUUUUUGCACCUCUCGUUCCCGCCAGCCAGUCGAUGCUCUGCUCCUGCCACACACACAUAUACACACACACACACACACCUUUGUGAGGCCACCGUGUGCGGAAGUUCACAGCAAGUGGUUGCUUGUCAUUUCAUGGUUGAAAGUCAUUUCUACAUUCCUUUCGUCAUUCCCCCCACAAUGCAGAGCACCACCUGGACAAUCUGUUUUCUUGUUUUGUUUUUUUGUUUAAUUUAUGUAUACAUAAUGAUUUUUUUGCCACUGUCAUCCAGGCCCAGAGAUCUUGUAGUUGCCUUUACCAAAGAUCUUGUCGCCUAACCAUUUCUUUCUUUCUUUGUUUUGCCUCAUUUGAUUUUUUUCACACAAAUGAAGCUCUUGUCAUCCGUUGUCAGCACAGCUCAAAUGUAUUAACUGUGCCUCCUGAUGAUGUGAUGUUGACUGUGAUGGUCCCCUGUGUUGCACCUCUAGUUCCUGUCUUGUCAGUCUUAACGGGUACACUAGUGAGGUAUUCCAGUUCAUCUGUGGACCUCUUCAAGACCUGGAUUAAAUCCCCUCAAACACUGGGAAAGGGCAUGUUUCCCAUGCUUUUAAGCCAGUAGUUGACUUUUCCAUCCACGCUUCCAGUGUCUUAUGGUAGUGGCUUCUGUAUGGUCAUUGGUUUCAAACUCACUCUUCAAUUAUGAUGUUAUAGCUGGUUGUAGCAAUCAGAACAGCGUUAACACAUUAACUCCUUUUGUGCUAUGAUCCCUUGUAGCCAUAGUCUUUAUUUCCUGAUGUAAUUCCUGUAAUGUACUGAUUGAUAUAGAGUUCAAACACCCAUGUUUUUGUUUUUUUUAUUCCUGCCAUAUGUAUUGUUUGUUUUGGGGCACCCUUGUCAAUAGAUGAGAGAUGUUUCCGGCCCCGAAUCCCUUGACCUGUAGCUCAUUCCCAUGCACAUACUGACGCUGACAACCAAUCGCCCUAUGGGAUCGUUUCAUUGUUGCACCUUAACACAAAUGUAUAGUCACCCCUCCCCCACAUCCCAGCCUGUUUCUGGCUUUAUCUAAAGGCACCUUUGUUGAUACUGAUGCCCAGUCGUUCUUGUCUCUACCCCGCCCCCAACCUGAUUUGCUGCACAUGACUAUAUCUAGCCUUACUGCUCAUUCGUUGUGAUUUAUAGAUUUACCAAAUAGGUACAAGUCAGCCAACUAUGCCUUUUUGCGGUGAGGGUGUACCCUUGUACCAUCAUUAAAUAUUUAAUGUGACAGAAGUUCUGCUUUUCAGUAGUAUACCAUGUAGGUAAAAAACCCUGAUGUACAAUUCUAGGGGAAGGCUGGGUAUCACUGUCUUUCAAAGGAAGUGCACAAGACUUUUGACUGUUAUGAAUAGUCAAGUGUUGACUAGCAAAAACCUCAAACCAAAAUUACACUUACUAGGCUUACUAAAUCCGUUAGUUUAUGAUUGCAUGUUCGCUUUGACCUUGAAUUGAUCCUGGAAACCUCAACUCUCACUUGGAGGUCUAAUUGGAUCGUCCAUAUUUACACUCUUAGGGCUGGUCUCUGGUACAUAGAUUAAGCCCUAAUGCUGGACCGAAAGAGAAUUUAAAUUGAAUAUUGAAGUCAUUCCAUUGACAAAAAGGUUGUAGUCUAGGACUAGGCUUAAUCCAGUUACAGGGAACCAGCUCUAGUUGCUCAAAGUAAGACUGCCUCUUGAGCAGUUAACCCUGAAAAGAUUCCUUCAGUUCACACUGCAGCAUUCUAUUGUCAAGGAGUGAACUUUGUUCCCCUUGGAAAUGGCACCACACACACACACACACAUACAUACACAUACACCUCUUGGACCAGUGUAUAGAGUUCACCUGUCUAAACUGACCUCUACCCCCUGACCUUAAUACAGGUGUUGUAUUGCUUGAUCUCUGUCAAUCUGUAAUGACCAUUCCAAAUGUUUGAGUUUUUUUUAGAUUCUUGUCCACUAGUGUUGAACACUCGGGACCCCAACUGAAGUUCAGCAGGGUGUAACAGGCAGUUCAUUAGAUCAUUCUCCCCAAGUGCUGUGGGAAGAGCAUGCAGAAAUGCAGUUAUCAUAUUUUUAUGCGGUUAGUGUCCUUUUUCUCUGACAAUGAAAAUAAAGUGCUGUUGGUGACUGACAAGGCAUGGGUGGUUUUAAGUUAAUUCAGCAAAUAUGCAUUGGUCCCCAGUGGAGAGUUAUUGCUGUUACUGUGUUCAACAGCAUACAAUGGAGAAAGCAUGAAGCUGUACAAUGUUUCAUCUGUUAAGGGUAGUCAACUGGCAGAUUGUCCCAUGUUUUAGAUAUUGUUUCUUUAAUAAAAACACUACAUCACUUGU